AGCAGCUCCGACUGCCUCCGAAGCCAAGAGCAUGUCUGUCGUGGCCCCGCCGCCGCCUGCUACGGCGCCGCUGAUCCCAGCGCCUCCCCCGGAGCCCGAGAGGAAAGUGAAAACCCCCGAGCCCCCGACGGCGGCCGCGAAGCCUCCCGACGCCGGCCAGGAGGCACCCAGGCCGAGCAGGGCCCCCGACACGAGCGUCCCUCCUCAGCCGGAGUUCCCUCCCCCACCCCCCCUGGAGAAGGACGAGGCCCCAGGCGAGACAGCGCUACCUCCUCCGCCGGGCUUCCUGCAGGAGGAUAGAAUAAAGCCGCCGACGUCCAUCCUGACCAGCAUCCAGGACGAGGACGAGAAGGGCGAAGAGGCCGACGACCUUCCCUCCCCCGAGUACGUGCGCCAGUCCGUGAGCAAGCGCAUCAUGGCCUUCGAGAGGCACUCCUCGCGGGACGAGGACUCUCCUCCGAGGGAACGCCCUGCAGCCUCCGGCCCCGUGCGCCCUGUCGCCCCCUGGGUCAAAAGGACCUCCUCCGGCCCCGUCCAGCAAGCUGGCUACUGGGACAUGACCUCGCCCGAAGACCAGCCGGAGGACGCAUGGCCCGACCCGCCGAGACCCCCCCACGAACCCGAAGCAACGAAAGCCCCGGCCAGACCAGUGGCGUCGACGAAGGUACAGAAGGAGAUCCCGGCAGCCCCUUCACCGCCUCCUGGUCUCGCCUCCUCCGCCCCGGCCGCUGCCCCCGCCGCCGCACCGCCGUCUUCAGGGAAGGUCUUGCAACCCCAGGAGCCUUCCCCUGCAGCUAAGGUCACCGCCUCCCCCCACGCCAAGGUCACAGGGCCCCCCCCGCGCCCGCUCGUCCAACGCAAGCGCUCCACGUCGCUCGGGGAUUAUCGGGCUCACUACAUCACUCCCGACGAGCCCCGCCGAGGAGCCAGGAUGCCUGCCGACGGAACCCCGGCCGUGAGCCCCACCCCGACCCCGGCCACCCCCACCCCUAAGGAGAGCGAGGACCCCCUGUUCGACCCCUGGUGUGACCCCAAGAAUCCCAAGGUCAUCAAUUUCCAGGACGUGAGUGCCGCCGCCUUCAAGAUCAAAUCAGGCAUCAUGAACACGCCCUGCACUCGCUCUCACAUGUCCAGCAUUACCGACAUCGAGAUUUACUUCAAGAAGGAGUUCAAUCAGUUCACCGGAAGCUUCAAGGAACGCGGUGCCCGUUACACACUCCUGAUGCUGAGCGAGAGCCAGAGGAAGAAGGGCGUGAUCGCAGCUUCAGCAGGCAACCACGCCCUCGCUCUCUCCUACCACGGCCAGGACCUGGGCAUCCCCGUCACUGUGGUGAUGCCCCUAGUGGCCCCCAUCAUGAAGGUGCAGGCGUGCCGGCAGUACGGUGCCAACAUCAUCGUCAAGGGCAGUGACAUCGGGGAGUGCCGGGAGAUCGCGCUCAAGAUGGCCAAGGAGCAGGACCUUCUGUAUAUUAAUGGAUAUGACCACCCGCACAUCCUCGCCGGUCAGGGCACAAUGGGGCUGGAGAUCGUGGAGCAAGUGCCCAACAUCGACGCCGUGGUCAUCCCCGUGGGCGGAGGCGGGCUCAUCGCGGGCGUGGCGCUGGCGGUCAAGGCGCUGCAUCCACACGUGCAAGUCAUCGGCGUAGAAGCCGAGCGGUGUGCCAGCUUCAGCGCCGCCCUCAAGGCCGGCCAUCCCGUCUACGUGAAGGCGGAGUCCACGCUCGCCGACGGCCUGGCGGUGCCCAAGGUCGGCGUCAACGCCUACGCCACGGCCGCGCCGCUGGUCGAUAAGGUGGUGACAGUGCGGGAGGAGUGGAUCGCCAUCUCCAUCCUCCGGCUGGUGGAGCACGAGAAGGCCGUGGUGGAGGGAGCCGGAGCCACCGCCCUGGCCGCCGUCCUCGCCGGGGAGCUUCCCGAACUGAAGGGCAAGAGGGUUGUAAUACCAUUAUGCGGAGGCAACAUCGACACCACCAUCCUGGGGCGCUGCCUGGAGCGGGGCCUGGCGGCGGACGGUCGCCUCGUCAAGUUCACCGUCACCGUCAGCGACAGACCCGGAGGUAUUGCUGAACUGACAAGACUGCUGGCCAACUUAGGCGUUUCCAUCAAGGAUAUGUUGCACGAAAGAGCCUGGAUUAAAAACGACAUCUUCAGUGUUGAGGUGAAGGUGCUCUGUGAGACGCGCGACAGGGACCACUCCGAGGAACUGCGCUCGGCGCUCCACCAGCGCUACAAGAUCCUCCGCUUCGGCAGCCUAGCGGUCACGCCGGCGGACGCCUCGCAAAGGGACUAGCUCUUCCGUCCGUCCGCCUCCUCCCCACUCCCUCCCUCUUCUUGCUUGAGCGCUUCUCUCUCUUUCCCGUGAAGGUCAUGGCGGAAACUCGAGACUAUGAGCAUUACCUGGAGCUCCGAGCUGCCCUGUGCUCGAGGUACCAGCGCGUCCGCUUUGCCAAUGCCGAUCAGAUCCACGACUAGCGUAAGUCCUCCUGUAGCUUCCGGGAAAGAGAGUGGAGCUUCUUGGCUGCCGUGAAUUCUGUAUAAAACCUGAUAUUCGUGGCUAAUUUGAGACUUUGUAUUAUGUAGUCUUUGGAUAAUAGGGAAUCGUGACUGUUUUUUUUUUCUUGUAUAAAGCUUUCAAGAAGGAGAUGAUGAUUUAUGUCUACUAAAGUGGUAUGGCAGCCCUCUGUAGGUAGAGAAUGGAGAGAUAGAAUAUUAUGUUCAUAACAAGUGUUCGUAGAUCAUGGUAGAUCCAGUGGAGGCGAAACCCUUUGAUUUGUAGGUCUCAGAGAUAUGUAGCCUUAGAGAAGCAGGCGCAUAGUGUCGGAUUCACAGCUAGUAAAGAGACAAUUAUUGAUUUAAGAAAAUAAUCUAUAAUCCUUUGCAAAAGCUUCUUUUGAACGUGUCUAAUUAUUAAGACAAUAAACAGCCAGUGACUAUUGAGAAAAGAAUGAAAUGCAGCAUAGGGAGAUAUGUAAAUGAAAGGCAGUUUUGCAGUUAAUGUGUUACUGAUUACAGUACUUUUAUUUAAUGGAUUAGGAUGCAGUAUUGAAUAAAACUGAGGACAGUUCCGGAUAUGACGUCUGGUGUAUGACGGCUGGACCAGAGAUACCCAGACAAUGACGCGACUGUCCCUGCUGUGUGUGUCCUUGCGCCUUUUGUAUGACCCUCUUUUUCCUCGACAGCUGCCCUGCUUUAUAAAAAAAAUCUUACCCCGUUACUUUUCUCUUUUUUAAUGUAUACAAAUAGAUGUUGGAGUGCUUAGUAUAGUCACAGUUUUGUUGUGAUUAUUAUAAGCUACAAUAAACCUUGUUUUUUUUAGUAGUACCUUUUAAUGUGGGUUUUUCAUAUUUUAAAAUAUGUAGUGUAAUCUUAGAUCAUUCAGAGCAGCUCCUCCAUCUGAUGGUGGAACAAAGAAAAUAAUGAUAAUUUAAUAUAUAUAAUACCACUAUGAGUAUUACUUACGUGUGAGCAUUAGAACGAGUAUGAAUAUUCUAAUGAGGUUUUAUGAAAAGUGAUUGUGAACGUACAUGAUUUUACAUGUAUAAGUGUGAGAGGGUAUUAUUGCCCACAAAUAAAAUAAUGAUCCAUGGCAUCUCCUAUGACUGUAUUCAGUACAAACAAGACCAUUGCAAAUGCAAGCCACGUAUGCAAUAACUCUGUGAUCAGGAGUAUUUCCUAGCUUUUCCUACCGUCUCAUUUAUAAUACAAAUAAAAAGGGAAUGGACUUCUUUUGAAGUUAUAUUUUGCUGCUCAUAUUAACAUGUAAACGGUCACAUUAAGAAUAACUUGUACUUCAGAUUUAUAUUUAGACUGCAAAUAAAUUUACAGAAGACU